AUGAUGACUUCUUCUUCAUUCACAUUAGUUUCAUCUCUAAUGAUUCUUUUAGUUUCUUCAACUCAAAAUUUAUCUUCAGUUGCUGUAGUUGUGGCAUCAGCACUGCCGGCGCCAAAACCAGAUUUCAUAGUGAAGAACUUCCCAAAGAUAAUCUCAAGCGGGAUCACUGACAUUAUGGAUCUCAAACUCGUUCCAUAUGGGAAUGCUUUUGUCGAAAACAAUACAAUCAUCUGCCAGCACGGAUCGGAAGAGUGCUUUCUGAAUCAAGUGGAAGCAUGUGCAAUUCAUGCAUGGCCUGAUGUGGAAAAUUCUUGUGAAAGGUUUUCUUGUCUUAAAAAACCAGGUUUCAGCGCGAAACCUAUUGUUGAAUGUAUUAGCAGUGGGUUAGGACUAAAGACCUAUGGUAACUUGGUAAAAGCCGUCUGCAAUGCCUACAAAGCUGCUACUCUGCCUAGAGUUUGUCAAGAACACACAGCGGAUAUCAACCCUGAAGCAAAAUCAAACUCAAAUCAGGAAGUUUGCUAUGUGGAUGAAGCAUCUCCAACUGCUAAAGUCAGGCCUCCUGUGACUAGAUGGAGGCGUCUAUUGAAGUUCUGA